AUGUCAGCGCGCGGCCGCUGCGCCCGGGUGCUCCCCUCCGAGCUGAACAAGGUGUGCCCCGAGAGAGGAGAUGAGCCUGCCACGCACCCCAGCAGGAUGAGCGACUUCGAGGUGGUCCCCAACCUGCAGCAGAGCAGCAGCAGUGUCUCCAGGAGCAGGAGAAAGGCUCAUUUCCCCGCUGGCAGCAAUGAAAAGGAAAAUCUCAUCUCCUGGAUUCCUGAAAACAUCCGAAAGAAGGAAUGCACCUAUUUUGUGGAAAGCUCCCAGACAUCAGAUUCUGGGAGGAUCGUUUGUGAGUGUGGCUAUCUCAGGGAACAGCACCUGGAUGAUGCUGCCAAACCUCCCAUCUUCCUGGGGAAGGAAUGGGACCCCAGCAGGCACAUCCAGGAAAUGCCAACGGAUGCCUUCGGUGAUAUCCGCUUCACAGGGCUGGGACAGAAGACAGGGAAGUACGUGCGUGUCUCCUCGGAUACCCCCCCAAGGGUCAUCUACCACCUCAUGACACAGCACUGGGGCCUCGACCCCCCCAACCUGCUCAUCUCAGUCACUGGGGGAGCCAAAAACUUCGUCAUGAAGCCAAGGCUGAAGAACAUCUUCCGGCAAGGGCUGGUCAAGGUGGCCCAGACCACAGGAGCCUGGAUCAUCACAGGGGGGUCCCACGCUGGUGUGAUGAAACAGGUGGGAGAGGCAGUGCGGGACUUCAUGCUGAGCUGCAGCCACAAGGAGGGCGACAUUGUCACCAUUGGCAUUGCCACCUGGGGGACCGUGUACAACCGCGAGAGCCUCGUCUGCCCCAUGGGGGGCUUUCCUGCUGAGUACGUGCUGGAUGAGGAGAACCAGGGCAGCCUGUCCUGCCUGGACAGCAACCACUCCCACUUCAUCCUGGUGGAUGACGGGACCCACGGGAGGUACGGGGUGGAAAUCCCCCUGAGGACCAGGCUGGAGAAGUUCAUUUCAGAGCAGACCAAGGUGAAAGGAGGUGUUGCCAUCAAGAUCCCCAUCGUGUGUGUGGUGCUGGAAGGAGGCCCUGGGACUCUUGAUACCAUCUACAAUGCCAUCACCCACGGGACCCCCUGUGUGAUCGUGGAAGGGUCGGGGCGCGUGGCCGAUGUCAUCGCGCAGGUGGCCAACCUGCCCGUGGCCAAGAUCACCAUCGCCCUGAUCCAGAGCAAGCUCAGUGUCCUCUUCCAGGACACCUACGAGCUCUUCACUGAGAGCAAACUGGUGGAGUGGACCAAGAAGAUCCAAGACAUAGUGCGGAGCCGGCAGCUCCUGACCAUCUUCAGAGAGGGCAAAUAUGGCCAGCAGGACGUGGAUGUGGCCAUCCUCCAGGCCCUCUUCAAAGCAUCCCGAAACCAGGACCACUUUGGUCGGGAGAACUGGGACCACCAGCUGAAGCUGGCCGUGGCCUGGAACAGGGUGGACAUUGCCCGAAGUGAGAUCUUCACAGAUGACCACGACUGGAAGCCCUCAGAUCUCCACCCCGUGAUGGCAGCUGCCCUGAUUUCCAACAAACCCGAGUUUGUGAAGCUGUUCCUGGAGCAGGGAGUGCGCCUCAAGGAUUUUGUCACCUGGGACACCCUGGUUUACCUCUACGACAACCUGGCGCCGUCCUGCCUGUUCCACAGCAAGCUGCAGAAGGUGCUGCUGGAGGAGAGGGAGCACACGGCCGGCUCCAAGGUGCCGAGGCUGCAGAUGCACCACGUCUCGCAGGUGCUGCGGGAGCUGCUGGGCUGCUCCACGCAGCCGCUCUACCCCAAGCCCAAGCAGGCGGAGCGGCCCCGGCUCUCCAUCCCCGUGCCGCACAUCAAGCUGAACGUGCAGGGCUCCAGCCUCAGGUCCCUCUACAAGCGCUCUCCUGGCCGAGUCACCUUCACCAUGGACCCCGUGCGGGACCUGCUCAUCUGGGCCGUGGUGCAGAACCGCAGGGAGCUGGCAGAAAUCAUCUGGGCACAGAGCCAGGACUGCAUGGCAGCUGCACUGGCCUGCAGCAAAAUCCUGAAGGAGCUGGCCAAGGAGGAGGAGGACACGGACACCACUGAUGACAUGAUGGCCCUGGCUGAGGAGUAUGAGCACAAAGCAAUCGGUGUGUUCACAGACUGCUACCGCAAGGACGAAGAGAGAGCCCAGAAGCUUCUCACCCGUGUCUCUGAGGCCUGGGGGAAGACAACCUGCCUGCAGCUGGCCUUGGAGGCCAAGAACAUGAAUUUUGUGUCACAUGGGGGCGUUCAGGCUUUUCUAACCAAGGUCUGGUGGGGGAAGCUGUCUGUGGACAAUGGCCUUUGGAGGGUGAUCACGUGCAUGCUGUUCUUCCCACUGCUCUACACCAACCUCAUCACCUUCAGGUAUUCUGCCUCCCCCUGCAGCUGGCUGGCUGGGGAGAGAUGCUGUGGCACCUCCUGAGCAGCUGAACCCACGUCCAUCCCCUGCAGCAGGGAGAAGAGGCUGCAGCCACCCAUGAGCUGCCUGGCGCGCCUCCGAGCCUUCUUCACAGCGCCCAUCGUCAUCUUCCUCAUGAACACCCUCUCCUACUUCACCUUCCUCCUGCUCUUCGCCUAUGUGCUGAUGGUUGACUUCCAGCCCGCGCCCUCCUGGCGGGAGUACCUCAUCUACUUCUGGCUCUUCUCCCUGGUGUGCGAGGAGACCCGCCAGCUGUUGUAUGAUCCAGAUGGACUCGGGGUUGUGAAAAUGGCUUCCCUGUACAUCAAGGACUUCUGGAAUAAGCUGGAUAUCUGUGCCAUCCUGGUCUUCAUUGCAGGGCUGACUUGCAGGCUGAUCCCAUCAACGUUAUACCCUGGGCGCAUCAUACUGUCCCUGGCUUUCAUCAUUUUCUGCCUGCGCCUGAUGCACAUUUUCACAGUCAGCAGAACACUGGGGCCCAAGAUCAUCAUUGUGAAGCGCAUGAUGAAGGAUGUCUUCUUCUUCCUCUUCCUGCUGGCAGUGUGGGUGGUGUCCUUUGGGGUGGCCAAGCAGGCUAUCCUGAUCCACAAUGAGGAGCGCGUGGAGUGGCUUUUCCGUGGCGUGGUCUACCAUUCCUACCUGACCAUCUUCGGGCAGAUUCCCUCCUACAUCGAUGGGGUCAACUUCAACAUCGACCAGUGCAGCCCCAACGGGACUGACCCCUACAAGCCCAAGUGCCCGGAGACAAACGGGGACAACAAGACCCCCAUCUUCCCAGAGUGGCUGACAGUCAUCCUGCUGUGCCUGUACCUGCUCUUCACCAACAUCCUCCUCCUCAACCUCCUCAUUGCCAUGUUCAACUACACCUUCCAGCAGGUGCAGGAGCACACGGACCAGAUCUGGAAGUUCCAGAGGCACGACCUGAUCCAGGAGUACCACGGCCGCCCGCCCGCGCCGCCGCCCCUCAUCCUGCUCAGCCACCUGCAGCUCCUGCUGCGCCGGGGCCUGCUCCGCCAGCCUGCCACCCACCACAAGCUCAAGGAGAAGCUGGAGAAGAACGAAGAAGCUGCCCUGCUCUCGUGGGAGAUGUACCUGAAGGAGAGCUACCUGCAGCACCAGCAGUGCCAGGAGAAGCAGAACACGGAGCAGAUGAUCCGGGACAUUGCACAGAGGGUUGAUGUGCUGGCAGAGCUGCUGGACUUGGACAGGGUGAAGAGGACGGGGGUAGUGGAGCAAAGACUGGGCUCUCUGGAGGACCAGGUGCAUCAGAGCGCCCAGGCCCUGCGCUGGAUGAUGCAGGCGCUGCGGGGCAAUGGCUUCAGCUCGGCGGAGGAUGCGCCGCCCGUGGGCUCCUCCACAGCCCUGGGCACCAAGGAGAUUGCCCUGGAGGGAAGAGCUGAGGAGAGGCAGCCCCCGUGCCAUGUGCUGGCCCGGAACCUCCUGUAUCCAGGGUCCCACAUUCUCCGCUUCCCUGUGCCCGAUGAGAAGGUGCCCUGGGAGGUGGAUUUCCCGCUCUAUGACCCCCCUGCCUACUCGGCUGAGCACAAGGACAUGGCAGUGCAGGACCCCUUCAGCCUCUCCUUGGAGUCUCUGCUGAAGAUCAACUACAACACCAUGGACGGGCUGAUCGACCGGCAGAGCUUCCACGGGCUGUACACCGUGCAGGACGGGCUGCCACUGAACCCCAUGGGCAGGACGGGGCUGAGAGGCCGUGGGAGGCUGCACUGCUUUGGGCCCAACCAUGCCCUGCACCCCGUGGUGACCCGCUGGAGGAGGAACUUGGAUGGGUCCAUCAUAAGGAAGAGCCUGAAGAAGAUGCUGGAAGUCCUGGUGGCCCAAUACCCCCUGUCAGAUGUGUGGGCUCUGCCUGGGGGCUCCCUGGAGCCAGGGGAGACGCUGCCACUGAAGCUCAAGUGGAUCCUGCGCAGGGAGUUCUGGCCCCAGUUCCAGAACCUGCUGAAACAAGGCACUGAGGUGCACAAGGGGUACCUGGACGACCCCCGGAACACGGAUAACGCCUGGGUGGAGACGGUGGCCAUCAGCGUGCACUUCGACACCCAGCACGACCUGGAGAUGAAGCGGCUGAACUCGUUCCUCCAGGGCUGUGACCCCGAGCUGUGCAUCCGCUGGCAGGUGCUGGACAAGAGGAUCCCCCUGCACGCCAACCACAAGGAGCUCCUGCACAAGGUCUCAACUCUCCUUGGUGCCUACUACUGAGGCUUCCUGCCUCCCAGGCUCUGGCUGGGACCUGCAGCUCUGAGAACACGGGAGCUGCUGGAGCUGAGGUGCUCUGGGUGUCUGUGUGAAUGUAUGCUGCAGGUCUCUGGGAGGAAAAGUGUCCCCUCCCUGCCACCUGAGCCACCAAGUUCAGCCCCAGCUGCUGUCUUGGUGCUUCCACAUCAGCCCCCAGCACUAGCCCAGAGCUUGGGCCACACAGAGCCACAGGGCUUUUCCUGUGACAUGGUCCUUCUGUCCACUCCAGCCUGCUCUCGGCUUUGGGGUGGGCACUGGGGGCUCACCAGCCCCAGCUACCCCUCCUCCAGAAUCUCCAUCCCUGCUCCCUGCUCCUGCUCCGAGCCCUGGCAGCCCCAGUGCCACAGAUCCCAAAGGAUUGCUCUGGGGGAGGCCUGGAGCCACUCCUGUGGUGGCUGCACCCGUACCUCUGGUUGCCUCAGACCCAACAACAUGGUCCUGAGCUGUGAGCCAGCACUCCUGAAGGUGUGAGCAGCUCUUGGCUUGUAUACCUAUGGUUUCACAGCCCUGCACAGGCCCACCUGCCAUGCCCCAACCUGUGUGUGAUCCUGCUUGUGUAUGCUGAGCACUGGCUUGUACUUCCCUCCUCUCUCUGAGCUAAGCGUCACCUGCCUGUCCCCACCCCUCGUGCACACGGGUAGGAGGUGGCAGCUUGCUGGGACACAGGUGCUCCCUGCUCUGUGGUUCCUUGGGCAGGUGGGGACAGGAGAGGGGACAUCUGUGUGUCAAUCCCAGACAUCCCUGCUUUUUAGGGGUCUUUCACUCACGUUUUCUGCUGCCAGUGGACACAUUUCCUGAUCAUCCAGAAGAGCCCCACAGCAGCGUGUUAUGCCUGGCACUGCUCAGGAGGGGAUUUUAGUCCCCCACCUCCUCCCCGUGGAUCAGACCCUGGCCAGCCAAGGCUGCUCAUCCCACGCUGGUGGCCAUCAGAGCACAACUGCACUUUCACCAGUGCUGCACGGGGCUUUGGCAAGGGGAGGGGGCUCAGUCUGGCAAUGUGUUCAACCCAGCUCAAUAAACCAUUAUUAACCACUGCA